CACGGAGAUGAGUGUUGAGUGACGGUGCCUGUGACAGUGUCAAAGUUUGUGAAAAGAUAGCUACUUGGCAGUGUUUUAGCAUUGUUUGUGCAAUUUUCUAUCAUCGAUUGAAGAAAUUUUCGCUAAGAUUUAAUUUACCUAAGCUACCACUACCGGGGACGGUUCAAAGCAAGUGCAAUAAUGUCGAAUAAAAUCGAAGAAGCUCAAGAACAUAUUCGCCAGGCUGAGAAAAGUUUGAAAACCUCACUACUCAAAUGGAGGCCUGAUUACGAUAUCGCUGCUGAUGAGUACAAUAAAGCUGCGACUUGUUUCCGAAAUGCGAAAGCGUUGGACCAGUGCAAGGAGAGUCUGCUGAAGGCAUCCGACUGCCAUCGUCAGAAUCGAGCCAUCUUCCACGCGGCCAAGUGUCUGGACCAGGUGAUCCUGAUCUGCAAGGACAUGAACAAUUUGGCAGAGGUUCGCAAGUACGCCGAAAAGGCUUGCAAUCUCUACCAGCAGCAUGGAUCGCCCGAGUCCGGCGCUGCGACGCUCGAUAAGGCGGCCAAGAUCCUUGAGGGUACCAACCCGGAAGAUGCACUGCAACUGUACAAGUUGGCCGUUGAUGUGGUCACGAUCGAAGAUUCCUCCCGACAGGGAGCGGAGUAUGCUAGCAAGGUGGCUCGGAUCAUGGUGAAGUUGGGAAUGUAUGAUCAGGCUGCCGAUGCCAUUCGUCGCGAAAUUGGCCUUCAUCAGCAGGUUGGCUCGGAAUCGGCCAUUGGGCGGUUGGCUGUUGCUUUGGUAUUGGUUCAGCUGGCUCGAGGAGAUUAUGUUGCUGCCGAAAAAGCAUUCAAAGAGUGGGGGAAUUGCUGCGAUGCUGCAGAGGUUCAAACGUUAGAAUCAUUGCUACAAGCAUACGACGAUGAGGAUCCGGAAUUGGCCGCCCGUGCUUUGGCAUCGCCCUUCAUUCGACACAUGGACGUCGAGUAUGCCCGAUUGGCAAGAGAUUUGCCCUUGCCCAAAGGCGUAGCCGUAGCCCCAAAAGCAAAUGUUAUCGAAAAUGCUGCCGCAUCGUAUGUGUCCCCGAAUAGUGGCAAUGCAGCGGAGGGAGGUAAACCUGCCGCCGGAACAGGUCUGGAUGAGGUGGAGGAAGGUGGUCUCUGUUAGUGUGCAUCCAUUCUAGUCCCUGGCCAACAGGCUGGGUUGUGUGAUAGAGAUGAAGCUGCUAUUAUUACGAUUAUUGUUAUUAGUAAGUAUAUUUAUAACUAGCAUAGAUUAUGAUCUAUAUUUUGAAGCAGAUCAGCAUUCAAUUCGAUGCAAGCUCUCAAACUUAAGAAAAAGAUGAAAGUGACCCGUCGAAAUGCAUACAAAUAGUACUAAAAGAGAUCAAAAAGGAUUAUUUUUCAACGAAAGUAUAACGUAAGUUACAAACAUACAUUAGCCGGCCAGAUGACCUUUGUUGCAUAAUUAGCUUUAACGAAAUAAUGAUGUUUCGAAACGGCUGUUUAUAUCCUCUGACUCUCGUUAAAAGUGUAAUAAAUAAUGAAGUGAAAGUGGAAAGCUCACGAAUUAGUAACAAACAUAACUUGUAACCUAAGACGAAAGGUGUUUCCAACAUUAACGAUACAGCUAAACCCGCUAAACUUGUAUCAGUAUAUCAAUCAAGUAAUAAAAAAAAAUUAAAUAACUAAAGAAAACAAAGUAAGAGAAGGAAAUAGUGUGCGCCAUUGUUACUCUAGAAGUAAGCGUUUCUCUCAGUACGUUUUUAGAAACCCCCCAGCAAAAUCAGUCUUGAACACGCGCAUUAAAACGCAAUCGAUUGUGUAUAAAUUUUCGCUAGGUUCUUGAGCCGUUUCCCUCCUUUUACCUUCCUAUCUAUAUACUGUAUCGUCAGUGUUGUAUAAAUUUUAACUAAUAACCUAGUGGAACGGAUAAGAUCUGCAUGUGUUAUGAUGAUGCAUUUACUUGAGAAGAAUUUGGCUUAAUUCAAUUAAACGAUACAUGUUGAAAUCUGUA